GUAUAAAAAAUGAUCGACAAGGUCGAGAAGAAACCUCCACGAUUUGCUGGAAAGAAAUGAAUCCCCACACUUUCACAUACUAAAAAAACCCCACACAAAUCCCGAUAUAUUAUUUAAUUACUGAUUAAUUUCUCCCAAUUUAAUUUAUUUUAUAAUUACAAAGUAAAAUCAAAGCCUCUUCUUCACAAGCAAUUAAUCAAUUCUUCUCAGAUCUUGUUGAACUAAUCAUCAACAAUGGUGAAAAAGCAAGUCCCCGAUUGGCUCAACAGUUCGCUGUGGUCCUCCAAUCCUCCUCCGCCGCCGCCACGUCAGCCCUCUCCGCCGCCGUCUUCCUCCGUCGUCCGGAAGCCUGUUGUCCCGGCGCCGAUAAAACCGCCGGAACCUGUGAAGGUCGAGGCGAGAGAUCCGCUGCGUGAUGGUGUCAGUAGUAGUGGGAGUGAUCAUGAUUAUAGUGGCGCGCCUUCUCCGUCGAGUUCUUCUACGCUGGAAGAUGUUUCGAAACAGGCUCUGCUUUUGCAGGAGAUAUCAAACAAGCUUAUCAGUAUGAGUGAGUUGCGGAGACUUGCAUCACAGGGUAUACCUGAUGGCGCUGGCGUUCGAAGUACUGUUUGGAAGUUAUUAUUGGGGUAUCUCCCUAAUGAUCGAGGGCUGUGGCCUUCCGAAUUAGCCAAGAAGAGGUCUCAGUACAAAAAUUUCAAAGAUGAACUUUUGAUGAAUCCUUCAGAAAUUGCAAGGAAGAAGGAUAACUCUAUCAGUGUAGACCACGAUGAACCAAGGACUGAGAGCAAAGGCUUACUCUCGAGAUCAAAAAUCACUCAAGACGAGCACCCUCUGAGCCUUGGGACGACAAGUGCCUGGAACAAGUUCUUCCAGGACACUGAGAUCAUUGAACAGAUUGACCGGGAUGUGAUGCGUACUCAUCCCGACCUUCAUUUUUUCUCUGGAGACACACCGUUUGCAAAAUCUAAUCAGGAGGCGCUGCGAAGUAUAUUGAUUAUAUUUGCCAAGUUGAAUCCUGGUAUAAGAUAUGUGCAAGGAAUGAAUGAAGUAUUGGCACCCUUGUUUUAUGUGUUCAGAAACGACCCUAUUGAGGAGAAUGCAUCCAACGCAGAAGCAGACACAUUUUUUUGUUUUGUGGAACUGAUAAGUGGAUUCCGCGACAAUUUCUGUCAGCAGCUUGACAAUAGUGUGGUGGGGAUACGUUCGACGAUUACAAAGUUAUCUCAGCUUUUGAAAGAGCAUGAUGAAGAAUUGUGGCGUCAUCUUGAAGUCACAACUAAAGUAAAUCCCCAGUUCUAUGCAUUCAGAUGGAUUACUCUCCUGUUGACUCAAGAAUUUACUUUUGCGGACAGUCUUCACAUUUGGGAUACACUCUUAAGUGACCCUGAAGGUCCUCAAGAGACAUUACUUCGUGUUUGCUGUGCAAUGCUCAUUCUUGUGCGGAGGCGUCUCCUUGCUGGCGACUUCACCUCUAAUCUCAAGUUGCUGCAGAAUUAUCCAUCAACAAACAUUAGCCACUUACUGUAUGUUGCCAACAAGUUGCGUUCUCAUCCAGUCGGAUAGGUGUUAAAAUGUCGUUAUUUCUCAGAGCAUUCUUGUAGUGUACGUGAUAUUUGUGUUAGGUGUUCUUGUAGUCAGUUGGUUGUAAAUGUCAGGAAAAUUUUCUCUUAUUAUUGGUUGGGUAUAGCAGUAUAAUAGACUGGCAGCGAGUUAUAUUUCUGGUUGUAAUACUAUAUUAUUUUUCUGUCGAGAUGGUUUAUUCACUCUGCUGCACUCCAAAUUUGCAGGAAAUUUGAAAUGAUUGUUUGUUGUGUCCCACUUAUUGUUAA